AUGGUGAUCGUACUUUACAUCGGAAGUCGAUCAACAUUAGACCAUAUGGCGACAACCGUCAGCCGGUCUUUGCCUGAUGGCAUUGGUCAAGGACAUCAACCAAUGCCAGACCAAUUGGCAUCCGCCAUACGGUCAUUAUCCAAUGACAACGCUGGUCAUGUCAUGACCUCUACGUCAGCAGGUACCGGACCGGUCACCGGGGACCGGUGGGAGCAACGACCGGUCAUCGGGGACCGUCCGACCAACCGGUCAACGGAGACCGGUCCGGUCACGGUCCAACAACGGAUACCGGUCUGGUCACCGGUCCGACCCACCGGUCGUAUUCAUCAAGCAGUCCUCAUUCCCGUCAUCCAUAAUCCUGAUCGCCCCUUGGGUGGCCAGGAGAUCGUGGUUCAACGAUCUUCUCAGUCUCCUGUACGAUUAUCCCAGGACACUUCCUCACAGAUCAGAUCUUCUGUCUCAAGAGGCAGACUUCAAUGCGGAUCCAGCAAUGUUCCACUUACAUGUCUUGCCUUUAUCAGGCAACCUCUGCAGAAGAAAAGCUUUUCUCAACUGACCAAGAACCCUGAAGACUAUCCAGACAAGAAGUCCCUGCCCCAUGUGCAGGUCGCUCUCAGGCUCAACAGCAAGGGGGGCAAGCGACUGAAGGGGAGGCGAUACAGUGGCAUAUGUGAUAUUGGUCUAUGUGAUAUGUGGGUGGCAUAUGUGAUAUGUGAGGAUGGGUCCAACUUGGCAGCCUCACAACGAGCAUAUCACCCUGAUGAGCUGGCCAAGAGUGACUCCUUGAAGAUUGAUAUAAAGUACUAUCUGGCCCAUCAAGUGCACCCUGUGGUGUCCAGGUUGUGUGAUCCCAUAGAGGGAACAGAUGCCUCCCAUAUUGCAGAGUGCCUAGGUUUGGACCCAGCUGGUUACCGGCAUGCAGCCCAGGCCCGUGAGGAGGCAGGGGACCAGGAGCUGCUGGACACAGUGAAGGUGACAGAUGAGGAGAAGUACAGGGACUGUGAAAGGCUCAUGGUUAAGUGCCCUGGGGCCACAUGCAGGAGGGAGAUCGUGCUGGACGUCCCACUGAAGGGAGCAGACAUGUACAUCGAAGCAUCUCUUGGCAAGUGUCCAAACGAACAGUGCCCUCUGAUUGUUGCCAAGAACCAUGUUGCUAUAGGCAACCAGCUGACUGUUGCUAUCAGAGACCAUAUCAAGAAGUACUACCAGGGUUGGAUGAAGUGUGAAGACAUGGCUUGCGGUGCACGGGUCCGUAAGAUGCCCCUGAUGUUCCAGAGGGGGCACCCUGUCUGUCCCAGCUGUAACAAAGGAGUCCUCAACCCUGAGUACACAGACAGCAUGCUGUACACCCAGAUGUGCUUCUACCAGUAUCUGUUUGAUUUGGACCGAGCAGUGAGACAGCUCACAGAGAAAAAUGAGAAAGAGAAAGCCCAGCAGUUCAGUAAGGACCCGGAUAUAAAGGAGGCAUACACCCAUCUGCGUAGAGUGGCCGAGUCCUGGCUGAAACGUAGCGAGUACUCCGAGGUCAACCUUGAUAAACUCUUUGAGGGACUGUUUGCUGUGAAAUAAACAAGGACUCCCAUGUUGUUUUGGUUCAAUCUUUACUAUUGAAACUGUUGGAAGCAGUGAAUUUGUUUCUAUUUAUAUUUGUAACAUAGGAUGAAAAUGAAUCAGUUGUAAUUUAAAAUAUUUUCAAUUCUAUGCAUAGAAAUGGUAGAAAAAUAGAAGCAAGCUGAAUGAUAUUUUGGAAUUAACUUUCUCAUAUAAAACUCUAAGUUAUACCUGUAUUUCAGUUGUAUUGGUUUAAUUGGGCUUAUUGAGGUGCAUGAGUAUUUUAUUUUUUUCAAACUAGCAAUUUUGUGCAGGGAUAUUUAAUUGACUGUAAUUACUGCAAUUGUGAUAUUUUUUCGUUUUGGAAAGAAACACGGAUUAAAAGUACCAGUAAUACUUUUUUCACUGUUCAAUUGGGUGUCUUGAAAGCAUUUUUAUGAGGUAAAUUGCUGCUACUGUCAUUGUCGCAGAAAUGCUUACUUAUUAUUAUAGAGUAUUUAUUGUAUAAUGCUUCCAAGUUCAUGUUGAUACGUAUUAGUUUGUUUGUUGACAUUAUUAUAUAGUGCUUUUCAAUGUUUUUGUGAAAUAAUCAUUAGAAAUAAUUAUUUGAUGUAUACAAUGUGUGUGUCUGUCUGUUCAUUAAAUAUUAUACUCUAACAUAUUUUUUAAUGAAACAAUAUUUUUAAUAUAUCUAUAGUAUGAUACUAUUAUUCAAUACUUUAUACACGCUAAUCUGCAUCUCUUACUUUUUGAUUUAUUGUGUUUAUUUUUAUUUUCUUACUUAAAUUUAUCUUUAGAUCAAAGUUCUAAGGCUUCUUGUUCAUAUUGUGCAAAGUGUGAAUGUGCAACAUGUUCAUAUUUCAUGAAAGCCACAAAAUGUCAAAUUCGUGGAGUUGUAUCAGCCAUUAGAUAUAUUUCCGGUGUUCUAUUUGUCAAAAUGAUUUCAAAUGGUUAAUGUUGGGAAUGUGGUGUGUAAAUAUAAAUAUGGCGUGUAAAAUAAAUAUGUGUUAGUAACUGUAUUUAAAAUGUUGUUAUUUUCUGGAAAACAUUCGCACCUGUAAGUGAGAAUAACUUUGUGUGUUAAUAUAUUUUGAACAGAAUGCCAAA